AUUGAUUUUAUCGUCAUGUUACUCAUGUUACAAGAAAACUUGAGUUCUUUAUAAUAAUUAUAAUGAAUGAAAUGACAUUUACGCUGCUACACUGUUUUGUGCUACCGGUAGAAAUAGAAAGCUAAUUACAUGCCCUUUAGAGCAUUACACUUCAAUUAUGCUUUAAAGACUUUAAACCCUAUGUCUGAAAAGUAAUUCUAUGCCAUAGUGAGCUGUAAAUGUUUGCGUAAUAAUUUAGCACUGGCAUUAUUAUGUAAAUAGAUAAACUUCCUGAUUCACAAUGACGUUACAAUAAGUCAUACUUGCUAAGGCGAGUAUCACGGUAUUACUCGGUCUCGGUCGUAGCCGGGAUCGUGUCAAAUUAGAACAUAUCUGUAAUUUUAAUGAUUGUAUUGAUGCCGCUGAAAAUGUGGGACAAAGCCAAGCUAUACUGGUCAAAGACCAAUCGUUGGCAUAGAGUGUUCCUGAUAUUUCUGAUAGUGGAGCUACGAUUGGUGCCCGGAGGCCAGGUUGGGUUCUGGUGCAACGACCCGGCGCUGUCACACCCGUUCACCGGAGACACGGUCAACAGGAAAUGGCUGCUUGUUACAACUAUAUUCCUUCCGCUUGUCGUUAUGUUGAUGGCGGAAAGAAAAUACCAUAAAAAUGAAAAAUCCAAGUUAAAAACGAAAUAUCGAGCAUUGUCCUGGUACAAAGAGUAUCUAUUUGGUCUUCUUCUGAAUAUAACUGUAGUGCAAACCCUCAAGCUGAUGGUGGGGUCUCCGAGACCGCAUUUCUUCGACACAUGUCAGCCGGAAGAGGCUUCAAGCUGUCAAGGAUCAGAAUACGUGCAGAGUUACACAUGUACGAAGGCAGUAUGGCAACACCAGUCGGACAAGAGCUUUCCAUCCGGACACACUUCGCUGGCGCUGCACGCGGGGAUUUUUAUCACAUAUUAUAUGCGACGCCGCGCAGGGGAAACUAGGGUAAUCUGGAGCCUGCAGGGUCUGACGCUGCUGAGCGCGCUGUAUUGCAGUUUGUCCCGGAUGUCAGACCACCGCCACCAUUGGUGGGACGUGCUCGCGGGUGCCACACUCGCGUUGCCCAUACUGUUGUACACCAUUCUCUUUCUCUGUAAAAACUUCGAGUGUCCCGAAACGAACUGCGAGAUUGAAUCUGACACCGAUCAGUCCACAGCCACCAGUGGUACAGAUAAAUCACACACCAGUGUCCACGCCAGAGCCACAACCAGCGAAACAGACAAGUCAUAUGGCAACGGAACAGAAGUCCAAACGUAACAUAUAUAAAUUAUUACAUAAGUACCUAUGCAAAUUCAAGGGAUGGGCGGUAAAACCCGAUAAGUCGAGAUAUUUUGUGACUUAAAUAAGACCACAGACGAAAUAAUAGUACUACCGUACAGAAAGGACACUUCCUACAAACCCGAAGUUUGACAGCGGUUCAGGGUCGAAUCAUGCUAUCCCUAUCUAACAUAUGGCACUAUCCCUUUCGGCUAUUCAGGGUUGUCAAAAUUCAAGUCAUUAUCUUAUCAGUGGUCGUGUACGCAAAAGGAAGUCAAGUGGUGCAACUAAUAAAUGCUCGGAGCAAUGCUGAGCCGAACGGAGCCGAGUUGGACCGAAGUUAGGAGUGUCUCCCCACACUCAUACGCACGUUACAUACAUAGUUCAAAUUUCAAAAACCCAUUUGCACGACUUAUCGGGUUUUACCGCACACCCCUCGCAAUAGUCUAUCUAUACCGCAUUAUGAAGGAUAUCGAAACUUCG